ACAACCUCAGUUGACUUUUAGACACGCUAGAGAGAGUGUCAACUAGCUGAGGAAUACACAGUAUUUCCAAACGGAUUAUACAUAUAUUAUUCAAAGAUAAUCAAAUCACUUAAAAUAAACUCCAGGUCGAAAGAAUUGUAUUAUCAAAAUCUUUAAAUAAAAAAGCAAGUGUAAUUUCUAAGAAAAGGGUGAAUUCGUCAGCUGUUCAAGAUGGAUUACCAGACGGACCCCUUCGGCCCCUUCUUGCCUCCUGAUGAACUUGUCACCCCGAGCACCAGCCCGGAGACGUCGCCGAAGUCUUCUGAUGCCUCGCGAAGUCCCCCAAAUGUGUGGCUUCCCUCCUACAUGAGUCCGGGAGAACAGUGCGCUGUGUGUGGGGAUUCUGCGACAGGUUUCCACUAUCGCGCUAUGACUUGUGAAGGCUGCAAGGGCUUCUUCAGGAGAACGAUCCAGCGACGCCUGACGUACAGCUGCCGACACGGGGGCACCUGCGUCAUCGACAGGUCCUCCCGCAAUGCCUGUCAGCACUGCCGUUACCUGCGCUGCCUCUCCGCCGGCAUGGCACCCGCCCACGUCCUGAACGAGAAGCAGCGCGUGGCCAAGCGUCAGCUGGUCGAGGAGAACCGCGAGCGCCGACGAGGAGACCCCGUGGCCCUGCCCGUGGAAACGCUGGGCCUCCACACGGCACCGACUUCCGAGGACAAGGCCAUCGUCGGAGCCAUCGCGGCCGCCUACCAGGACGUGUUCUCCAAGCCCGCCCCUUGCACGACGACAGUAACGGAGGUUGGCGAGAGCGGGCCUGCUGAGGAAGAUGGCCAGGCGUGGACCAGAGCCACCCAGAUCUUGGCUCCCUCCAUGGCCAGGGUGGUUGCCUUCGUCAAGAGUAUCCCCGGGUUUUCCACGCUAAGCACCAACGACCAACUCGUCCUCCUGCGUGGCUGUGUCCUGGAGGUCCUCUUCCUGCGCACGGCUCUGAGGUACAAUCCGGCCACUAAAGCCCUGCCUCUUCGAAACGGUCGCCAAGUCUGCAGGUCUCAGGUCCAGACAGCCAUGGGCGGGGCACUUUGGGCAUUGGUCCACCCCAUGUUCGAGCUUGGUGCUUCCGUGGCCCGCAUGCACCUGUCCAGCACCGAAGCGGCACUCCUCACGGCGCUGGUGGCACUGCAGACAGACCGCCCCGGGCUAACGGACAUGGAGAGUGUGGAGGCUGUACAGGACUCUCUUUUGGUGGCCUGCAAGCGAUAUGUGGCAGUUGCAUGCCCUGAUCAGCCAAUUAGAUGGGCUAAACUGGUGAUGAAAGUCACCCACAUCCGGACCAUGGCCACCGAACACGCCGACACCAUUUUAUCAGGCCACUCGCUUCCCAAUGUCUCAAAGCUUCUUAUUCAUCUCUUCCAAGACACUUGCUGACCUCGCAUACCCGUCGUUUUAUUCUUUAAUUUGUGUUUAGGGGCUAGAGGAAAUAGUUCACUGACUAUGAACCGUUUCCACUGUGAUUUUUAAUGUAUUGUGAAUGACUGGUAUUCUGAGUUUACGUGAGAUUUUGUUCUUUUAGUUUACGCUACAAGAUCUAUUGUGUACGUUUUCUUUGAAGUGUAUCAAAGGGAUAACGGUAUUAAAUUCUACCAUUUAAUAUCCUGUUCAUUGCGGGGAGUUGAGACAAUUUUUAUCAUGGUGUUAGAUUCUCAACAUUGGUGAUUUCAUAGGAGUUUUUAUCCUAAUAAAAUAAGUAACGGAAGCUAGUUAUCAGAAGUACACAAUUUUGGUUAAUAUAGUACAUUUUCGUCCAUGAAGUUAUGUUAAUACAAGGUUAUUCCGGUGAGAGGGCUUGGCUAGCAGAUUAAUAGAAAUAUGGCUACUAGCAUAGAACAUAUAGCCUGAAGAAAAACUAUGUUAUUUAAUUAGUCUUUAUAUAACUUUAAUGUUUAAGUUUUAUAUGUACAUGAAAAUAAACUAUCUUAAGUUA